AUGGCUUCUGAGAAGACGUCAGAUUCGGAACUGACAAAGCUGUCAGAGCUUCUGGAAAAGGCAAAGCGUUCUGGCUAUGAUGAAUUCAAGUUUCUCGAGCCACCAUUUGUUAGUGAAGCUGAGCAUGCGACACUUGUGAGAGAAUCAGAGAUUGAGGACUUUGGCAAAGGAGCAGUGAACCUCAAGAUUCCUGUGCCAAAGAAAGUGAAGGAUGGUCGUCAGAGGGGUCGCACCUUGAUGCAGUUGCCGGCUCUGAAGAGUUGCAAUUUGAGCUACGCGGAAGUCUUUAACCUUGUGGUUGAAGAGGAUGCCGACAUUACCAAGUACUGUCGAUGGGUCAUGCAGACUUAUGGAAAGUCCUAA